CGGACAAACAUAAGUUUGGGAAUAUGAUACAAAACUCGAUGAUGCGCAGUGGUUCUUGUUUACUAGCGUUACCAUGGAAACGGCCAGUUUGCUGAUCGCCAGUGUCGUAGUUAGAAGUGCAUUACGUAUCGCAGAGAGUGUUUAACUUAGUAUUGGUUUGAUCGUGUUGGAUAUUUUAUUAAUAGUUUUUAGCUUAGUGUUUGGUAUAUUAGUAGUAGUAGUUAGUGUAUUAUUAAGACAUUUAGUGUAUCUCUAGUGCGUUAAGUUAAGUCAUUAGUUAUUUAACAAUAUGCGUCCUAAAAAAAUAGGAAUCAAAGGGCUGGGAUUGAAUAGCCAAGCAAAGGCAAUCAUUUAUAAUGUUACUACAUUUAUGGAACAAGAGGCAGCACAUUUCAAAACAACCGAAAACCUGUUAAUACCUUUAAGUAAAUUGACGGAUAGGAUUCUAGCAGCGACGGGUAUAAGCAAAAACACCUUAACCAAAAUAAGAAAAGAAGGUAGAGACGUAAAUAAAAAUGGAGCGACUAGUUUAUCUUUUAAAAGUCCAAAAAGAAAACGUUGUCGUUCCAAAAAAAUUGAAUUGAGCAGUGGACAAGUGAAAACCAUCAAAAAUAUUAUAUACGACUUCUACACCAUCGAGAAAAGAUCCCCUACAAUUAAUGGUAUCUAUCAAAAACUAAAGAACAAACAAAUGGAAUUUCCAGGGUCAAAGGAAACAUUAAGGAAAACGAUAAUUAAAUUAGGCUUUAGGUAACAUAGUAAAAGUAAUUAUUCAGCUUAAAAAAUAAAAUUGUAUAAUGGAUAAUGUAUUUCAAAUUGAUAUUUUGUUUGCAUCGUUUUAGUUCAACUUUCUACAAUUUACAGUUAUGAAGAAUGUUUUUUCAAAAGUACCAAGUAUUUAUAAUCGAUAAUUUGUUUAGAUUUCGAUUUCCGAAAAACUGUAAACAAAAAAUAAAUCUCUCCAAGGUUACAUACGAUUCUACAUAAUUUUUAUUUUUCUCAAAUGAAUUGUUCUCACGUCUGUAUGUUUUAAUACAUUUAAAAUUUAAACCAUCAUACUUUUGAAGAUAUUUUUCAAAUUAUCUCGAACAAAUUACAGGUGGAGAAAAACCGAAGAUGAUAGGAGUGUCCUAAUGGAAAGUUAUGACAUUCGUUGAAAACGAACAGAGUAUUUAAAGCAGCUGAUUAAAUUUCGAUCUGAGGGUAGAAACAUAAUUUAUACUGAUGAAACUUAUAUACACAGCAGCCAUACUCCACCAUAUUACUGGGGAGAUCAAAGUGGAAAAACGUUCAAGAAACCAAUUUCUAAGGGCAAAAGGCUGAUUAUUGUUCAUGCUGGAGGAGAGACUGGAUUUGUACCUAACGCUCUGUUAAUUUUUAAAUCAGGAUCCAAGAGUGGUGACUAUCAUGACGAUAUGAACCACCUUAAUUUUAUGAAGUGGGUCAGAAGUCAGCUCUUACCCAACUUACCCAAAAAUUCGGUCCUGGUAGUUGACAAUGCAUCCUACCAUAAUGUAACAAUGGAAAAAAAUGUGACGUCUGCCAGCCGUAAGGAUAUUAUGGUAAAGUGGUUACAGGAAAAAAGCAUCCUUUUUCCAGUAAACGUAACCAAGCCGGAAUUGUACAAAAUUAUAAAAGUCCAUAAACCACGUUUUCCACCUGUUUAUGUAUUAGAUCAUGAGCUUGAACAACACGGGCACAAAGUACUUCGCUUGCCUCCCUAUCAUCCGGAGUUAAACCAUAUAGAAAAAAUAUGGGCUUUGGUAAAAGGUAGGGUGGCCAGUCAUAAUACAACAUGCAACAUAAACGAUGUUGAAAAUAUAACGAAAAAAAAAUUUUCAGAAGUGUUAAUACAAAAAUGGGCUAGCAUAUGUAAACACGUAAACAAAUAUGAAGACACCCUAAUAAAAAAAGAGCAUUUGUUAGACGCUACGCUGGAAAACCUAAAAUUUUUUAUUAAUACUGGUUGGUUCAUCAGAAGAAAGCUUUUCUGAGGAUGAGGACAGUGAUUCAAAUUCCGGAAUAGAUAUCUUAGAACCAUCCGAAGAAUCGUAAUUAAAACUUUGUUUAGAAUCAUUGUUUAGAAAAUAAAUACAUUAGAAUUAGUACAAAUAAA